GACUAGCUGCACUAGUGAGACUGCUGUACUGCCAUCACUCUACGAUCAAGUAUUGAAGUAAUUUACUGCUCAGCAAGCUGCCAGUUAAUUUUAUCAGCAAUUUGUGAUGGAUAAUUGAGCAGUUCCAUCUGCAACCCGGUAUGGAUGGCCGUGAUAAUUCAAAUGUUGGGUCAAGUGACUCAGAAGGAGUUCCUGCCAGGCUUCCCCCAAAGAGAGCAAAGUCAAAGUCCAGAGUCUGGGACAGGGUAGCUCGACUUGCCAGAAGGACCAGAAGCUCGCGGGAAGGAGACAGUGACUUUGCCUCGACGGGAGAAGAAGCAGGAGAGGCUGAUCUUCCAUCAGAGCAAAUGGAUCUGAGUGAUGGACCUUCCACCAGUUCAUACAAUGCACCAAAUUCAAGGAAACAGCAGCUCUCAGACUGCAGCUCUUCAAGCGAAGGUGACCUUGCAACUUGUAGCAAUACAGCCAGGCUGUCAAAGCACAACGGUUACAAUCCACCAGACAAUAGUGAAGUGGUUUAUCAGCACUGUGUCCGUCCAAGCGCCGUCAAGGCCAUGUCCAGACCAGCAGAACUGAAGCUUCAGAGUGAACAUGUACAAUUAAGAAAGAAACGAAAUCCAAACUGUUCCAUAGCUUGCAAACAUUCGGAUUGUGCUCUGGAAGUGCAGAGGAAUCGCAAUGACUUUUGCCACUGUCCGGCUUGCUGCUGCUGUCGUCGUGGGAAUGUAGGCAUUGGCUCUGGCAGCAGCUGGCCAAGGAAUAGGUCUUGUCCUCUGCGCAUGAGUCUGAGAAUGCCCAUCCAGUCGUCAAAAGCUGUCCAGUCUCCGUCCUCAUCGCCUCGUAGCAAGAACCUGUGGAAGCGGAACUCUAUACAGGGUCCUCUCAUGACCAAGUCCGUGUCCCUCCAGAGCGAACGUCCAGGCAGUGCAAUGUAUGACAUGAGGAUAGCUAACAUGGAGUGUGGGGAGGAAGAGAAAGCUGCAUUGAGGGCCAACCGAUCGCUUGACAUGCUGCACAGUGCUGUCAUGCAUGAUGUCAAGGGAUUAUCAAGAAGCAUUCCAUUGUUUUGUGAUCGGGAUAGGACAAUUGAUGAACAAAAUGGCAAUGAACAGAAGAAAAAAGGGAAACCGGUGGAUCCAUGGAAAGACAAAGUCUCAGGACCAGUUUUCAAGGAAAGAUUAGAGACAAUCCUUGGAUGGUUCCGGGAGUUCAAUGAUCAGCAAAAAAAUAUGAUAAUGAAGAGGCUCGUGGAGGAGUGUGAUUUACCUCAGAUGCACAUGUUAUCUGUUACUAUGGAACCCAUCCUACAUGAACACUGCCCUCAUAACUGCCAAGAUUUGUUGUCAUGGUUACCAAAUCAACUCUCGACGAAGAUCCUGAAUUACCUUGAUCCAGUGAGCCUAUGUCGGUGUGCUGGAGUGAAUCGGGCGUGGAAAGCUCUUGCUGAGGAGUCGUAUCUGUGGAGCAAUCUCUGUCUUCAACAAAAAUGGCGUCUAACCCAAGUAGAAGAACACAAGCAGAUGAUCAACCAUAUGGGAUCCAGUAUACAGUGGAAACAAGUGUUUGCCGAGCGUUACAGGUUACGGAGGAACUGGUUGAAAGGUUUCUGUACUGUAAGAACCUUUGAAGGUCACACCCAAGGAAUCUCCUGUGUCCAGUUUGAUGACACCAGGAUAGUGAGCGGUUCAUCAGACAAGACGAUUAAGGUGUGGAAUAUCCGAACGAACUCUCCUUGGUCCGUCCAGACCCUUGUUGGUCACUCAGGUACCGUCCGAUGUCUCCACCUAGAAGGAAACCGGCUCGUCAGUGGCUCCACAGACACCACUAUAAAGGUCUGGGAUUUAUCUAUGCAGGGCAGUUGGUCAAGUAUUGCAUGCCGAGUGACGAUGACUGGACAUCAUGACAUGGUCAGAUGUAUUCAGGUGGACGAUGAUAAGGUGGUCAGUGGCUCGUAUGAUCGAACCCUCAAGGUCUGGGACAUCCGCACCGGUCAGUGUAGAUUGACCCUUAGUGGUCAUCUCGGCGCUGUGAUCUGUCUUCAAUUUGACGACUUAAAAAUUAUAUCAGGGUCUGCCGACAAAACUAUCAAGAUAUGGAGUUUAUCUAGUGGAUUAUGCAUGCGCACCCUGAUGGGUCACCAGAACUCGGUCACAUGUCUCCAGUUUGAUGCCAGUAAGAUCAUCAGCGGCUCGCUGGACAGUAACCUCAAGUUCUGGGAUCUCAAGACCGGAGAGUGCACAAGCACGAUUGACUGGGUGAAUGCAGAGGGUCAUACAGGGGUCGUGAGGUGUCUGCAAGCGGACAGCUGGAGGAUAGUGAGUGCAGCGGACGACCGAACCCUCAAGGUCUGGAACAUCGACACCAGGGAAAGAAUCGUCACGCUUCGUCACCAUUCCGACGGAGUCACUUGUCUGCAGUUCAACAACAGCAAAAUCGUCUCGGGAUCGUACGACAAGACGGUCAAGCUGUGGGAUUUUAGCGCGGUAUGAUAUAGACGCUUGAGGUCCAUCUGAGCUAUCAUUCAUUACUCUUCCCCAUUUAUUCAUUCGUAUACUUGUGUGCGUGUUGUAUUAUGAUUGUGUAUGUUAGUGUGAAAGUAUGUAUGACAUAUAUAUAUACCAUAGUCUGUGGAUACAUUUUUAUAACUACGUUAGUGCUGUAUACCGAAAGAAUACAAGUUGAAGGUCACAGAGAGUUAAAAAAGCUAGAACUAUUUAUGGAUUAUGGCUCUGUAGAUGAAGUAUUUUUACCCCAUUUCAAAUGUUCAUUCAUUGUGCAUGCAUCAGAUUAUGCUGAAACUCGUAUUUACAUGCAAGGAAAAAAAAUUUGUGUUCAUAGUUGCCAUGGAAAUGUAUGUCACUGUCAUUGUUGAUGCCCUGCCCUGCUUGACAAUCGCUCUUGUACCUGCCCCCCUGUGGAAGAUCGCUAGAGCACUGGGAAUUCUACAAAUGUGCUGGGUAAUUAGUUUCUUUCUGAUUUAUACUGUCACAAUGGCCUCAAACACAACUCAUUGUUAAUCACAUGCCAGUGCACUCUAUGUACAUGUAUUUAUGCCUCUUUGUAUAAAAGAAAUCCCGCAUGCACAAGCAAGUUGGCAGUUGUUAUGCAAAGGGGGUCCCGUUAGUGGUUUUUGUUGUAACAGAAAAUUCUAAAAAGAAGUGUAAAAAAAUGUAGAAUAUAAAUGAUAUUAUCAAUUUUAAGUUGUUUUUUUUUUUCCAAAGAAGAGUAUGAUAUGGAUUAGUUUCUAGCGGCUGAAUGCAACUGAAAUAUAUGACCAAGCUGAAGCUGAAUUUAUGGUCGUUUUGCAUGUUGUCUGAGUGGAGAGUAUCCCUUUGUCUUGUUCAGUGACAGUUGGUAAAUAGGAUGUGAAACCCCUUAUUCUUAAUAGAAAAAAUGAAUUAUGUGAAGAUAAUGUUUCUGAGAUCUAUAAAGGAACCCACAUCCUUCAGAAAUGGAUUCUUUAUACGUAUUAAAAUAGCUAUGAAGUUAUCUACAUCUAAUCAUGAAGAAUAUUAAGUAAGUCUAGUUGUCUUAGCGUGUCCAACACAUUACCAAGUGUCAUGGAUCUGGUAAUAUUUAAAGAUAAAGUUGAGUUGAACAAUCACAUUUUUAAAAUAAACUGUGGAAACGAUUGGAACAGUUUGAUCAUGUAGCUGGAAUGUAUUGGUGUAUACUGUGAGGUUUUAGGAUCAUCAAAAAUGAUAAGGAAUUAGCCCAGUAUUGCUAAAAGUCACAUUCGCCGUACACAGAAAUGUGUAUAUGGGUCUACAAAAACAAGUGGCAUUAAUAAGUGGUCCACAACCUUUAGACGUUACAUUUUGUAGUUGGAUUGAAUCAUGAACCCUAAGUAGUUCAGAGUUUUCUAAAGGUCAAAAUGAUUCAGCUUUCCCACUGCGAAUUGGCAA